AAGACAGAUUAACUUUGUGCGGACCUGGACAGGGCGAAUCUGUGUCUCUUUGUCUUGAGGGGGCUCUUGGGUGGUCGCGGAACUGGGCUCUAUGCGCUGGGAGAGGGAAGUGGAGGUCUCUGAAAUAAGAUGAAUUUGGCUGAGAUUUGUGACAAUGCAAAGAAAGGAAGAGAAUAUGCACUUCUUGGAAAUUACGACUCAUCAAUGGUGUAUUACCAGGGGGUGAUACAACAGAUUCAGAGACAUUGCCAGUCAGUCAGAGACCCAGCCAUCAAAGGCAAAUGGCAUCAGGUCCGGCAGGAAUUGUUGGAAGAAUAUGAACAAGUUAAAAGUAUUGUCAGCACUUUAGAAAGUUUUAAAAUUGACAAGCCCCCAGAUUUCCCUGUGUCUUGUCAAGAUGAACCAUUUAGAGAUCCUGCUGUUUGGCCACCUCCUGUUCCUGCAGAACACAGAGCUCCACCUCAAAUCAGGCGUCCCAAUCGAGAAGUAAGACCUCUGAGGAAAGAAAUGGCAGGAGUAGGAGCCCGGGGACCUGUAGGCCGAGCACAUCCCAUAUCAAAGAGUGAGAAACCUACAAGUAGGGACAAGGAUUGUAGAGCAAGAGGGAGAGAUGACAAGGGAAGAAAAAAUAUGCAAGAUGGUGCAAGUGAUGGUGAAAUUCCAAAAUUUGAUGGUGCUGGAUAUGAUAAGGAUCUGGUGGAAGCCCUUGAGAGAGACAUUGUAUCCAGGAAUCCCAGCAUUCAUUGGGAUGAUAUAGCAGAUCUCGAAGAAGCAAAGAAAUUGCUAAGAGAAGCUGUUGUUCUUCCAAUGUGGAUGCCUGAUUUUUUCAAAGGAAUUAGAAGGCCGUGGAAGGGUGUGCUGAUGGUUGGACCCCCAGGCACUGGUAAGACUAUGCUGGCAAAAGCUGUUGCCACUGAAUGUGGCACAACAUUUUUCAAUGUUUCUUCUUCUACACUGACAUCUAAAUACAGAGGUGAAUCUGAGAAGUUAGUCCGUCUGUUGUUUGAAAUGGCUAGGUUUUAUGCCCCUACCACAAUCUUCAUUGAUGAAAUAGACUCUAUCUGUAGCCGAAGAGGAACUUCUGAUGAGCAUGAGGCAAGUCGCAGAGUCAAGUCUGAGCUCCUAAUUCAGAUGGAUGGAGUUGGAGGAGCUUUAGAAAAUGAUGAUCCUUCCAAAAUGGUUAUGGUAUUGGCUGCUACCAAUUUCCCAUGGGACAUUGAUGAAGCUUUGCGAAGGAGAUUAGAGAAAAGGAUAUAUAUACCUCUCCCAACAGCCAAAGGAAGAGCUGAGCUUCUGAAGAUCAAUCUUCGUGAAGUUGAGUUAGAUCCUGAUAUUCAACUGGAAGAUAUAGCAGAGAAGAUUGAGGGCUAUUCUGGUGCUGAUAUAACUAACGUUUGCAGGGAUGCUUCUUUAAUGGCAAUGAGGCGGCGUAUCAAUGGCUUAAGUCCAGAGGAGAUCCGUGCACUUUCUAAGGAGGAACUUCAGAUGCCUGUUACCAAAGGAGACUUUGAGUUGGCUCUUAAGAAAAUUGCUAAGUCUGUCUCUGCUGCAGAUUUGGAGAAGUAUGAGAAAUGGAUGGUUGAAUUUGGAUCUGCUUGAGUUUUUGUCAGCUCUUUCAUUUUCAGUGUAUUUAUUUAUAAAAUGUGAAGAAAUUCCUGCAGUUUUU